AUGAAGGAGAGAGUAUGUUCCGGUUACUGUCCUGAUAUUUGUACUUUUUGCUAUUGGGUUGAUAAUGGUUGUAGCAAUCAGUUUUUCAUGUGUAAUGAGACAUACGGCGUUCAGACUCAAGAGUGCCCCGGCGACCAAGUUUUAUUUUUCAGAGAUCCGGAAGAUAUUGAAGGAAAUGUAACUGAAAUUCCUGGCUAUUUUGAAUGCGGAUUGAAUAAAAUUUGUGGAAGAUAUGAUGAAUAUUGCGAUGACCCCACCACGAAAACUUCUACCACAACUACAUUUACCACACAUUUAAUUACAACGAUUUUAUCGACUUCAGAAGCGCUUACAACUGUUUUGUUCCAAGACUCGUUAUCCACAGUUCCAAGCGAAGAACCAACUACUGAUGCUAUAUUUUCUUCAACAUUUUUCUCCUCAACUUCAAUUUUCGAUCUUACAACGUUUCUUCCGACAAUUGCAUCAACUUUUCCUGAAUUCACGACAACGCCAUUUUAUUCAACCAAAGCCACGGAAAAGUACGAAACAACAACAGAAGAUGUCACAACGCGUCCACUUUCGCUGCCAACAACAGCUCAAAGUUCCAGCGGGGUUGAGACUCUUUCAACGUUUUCGUUUGCGACCACAGGGGCAACCGCUGAUUAUUCAGGGACGACCGCAGAAACGUCGACGACAGCUGAAACGAUGACGACAGGGAUUGUAGAAACAGAAUCAACAACGCCGAUUCCAACGACAACAACAAAGACACUCUCCUCCUCCUCAUCCUUUUCCACGCUGGUCUCGACCCUAACACUCACAACCAGCACCUUCUCAGAUCAAUCAAGCACGCAAGAAGAACUAGGCGAAGAUCCCCCAAUCCUGGGAAAAUCACUUGUGGCAGUUAUUAUUCCAACAAUUAUGUUUCUCGUUGCAGUGGCAAUUUUGUUCGUCAUGUUUGGAAACCGAAAAGCUAGUGAAAUCAAGCCCAUGAAGAAAUUUGCCCAAGAUGAGCCGGGGUCAAAUUACGAUAAGUGGGACCAUGAAAUGGCACCAGGCCACGUGAAUCCAAGCUACUACAAUCCAAACUUCUUGUUACCGACUGUAACAGCACAGAUUGACGAGCAGACUGGUCCAAGCUCGAUCAUUGAUGUUCCAGGCUCGGCGCAGCUUAGCACGAAAGACAUUUCUGAAAAUAACGAUUUCUCACUCGAUGAUUUGCCAUCUGUCUUCUCCUCCGAGUCAGACAAGAAAACGAUCAGUUCAAAUCAUCUGGACAAAGUGAAAGCGAACUUGCGGAAGAGCUUCACGGAAACAGUUGGCACGGACUCGUCGACAAUCAAAGUCGACAGCAUUUCCAUCAACUCGGACAUCUUCAAGAAGGACCAGAAAGAAGCUGGCUACAUUUCUGAAAGCUGCGAGAUCGCGAAAGCUUUCGAGAAAGUAAAAGGACGUUCGAUCAAAGAGCGAGAUGUGGAUGUUGACAGCAUUCCUGAAGAAGAAGGGAAUGAUGACGUUGUGAUGGACUCUGCGCCAUGUUCGGAUGUUCAAAUGAUCGUCGAAAAAGAAACAAAGAAGGAAACAAGCAAGAAAAAGACAAGCAAGCACGCAAAUAAAAACAUCGCCGAAAAAGUGAAAAACGCUAAAAAGUGGCUUGCCAAAGCGAAAUCGGACAGUCUUCUUGUCACGGACUCGGAAAGCGAGUACAGACGGCGAAAUCGCGAAAAGGGAAAAAUGCUUCCUCGAAUGGAAGAUCUGAGCGAGGUGGAAGGCGUGAAGCCGAAAGUGCAAAGGAGAAAAUCGGUGAAAGAACGGAACAAAAAGGCGAGCAAAAAUUCGAACUCGAGUCUGACAAAUUCGGCGACGACCCAAAGUCAAACUCGCACUCUCUUGAAAACAAAGAAAAACGAUACUUCUGCGGAUAUUCAUACUUCUGUGUUGGAUAGCACCACUGGGAAGACAACAACCGAUCCAACGACAUUGUCGACUCACGGAACGACAGACACUGGAACCACACGAACCACGAGCUGGACUGGAAACGAUCAAAGCUUUUUCUCGGGAACUGAGACAGGAACAGGAACGAAAACGGGAACAACAUUGACUAUUACCGCUUCAACGACGAUGACGAGCUCGAGGACUGAUUUGAUGACUUCAUCAAGUAUGACCAGAACAACCGAAACAUUCACGCAAACGGAAACUGAAACAGAAACCGAAGCAACAACUCAACGAUCACGUGACGAAACUAGCGAGACUGAGACAAGAACGCACAGUUUUUCAAAAGUAGACGAAACGGACUACUCCAGAUCCCGAGAUGAGAUUUCUCAUUCUAACUCUGGAAGCAAAAACUACACUGCGACAGAUUACACAGAGCCAACUGUGGUCAAUACGACAGACUGGUCUAAAUCGGGCCUAAAUCAGUACUCAAAAUCGUACUCUGACAUUUCGAAGCAAAACUCUUAUUCUGAGAAAUACUCAAGCGAUGAACGGGUUCGAGGAUAUUCGACUGGAUCAAAGGGGGCCUAUUCGAGUACCCUGUCCACAAACGAUUUGCGCAGAUCGCAAGGAUACUACUACUCCAUGCAAAACGAAAAAAUCGAGGAAGACGAGCGCUCACGGACCUACGAGCUGAGCAACCUGUCACAAACUGAUCUAAGCAAAUUACGAUACAAGCUCUCGAAGAUCAGGCUCACCGAGAUAUUCUGUUUCUCGCUCAAGAUCUCGCACAUCCCGAUCCUCCAGAUCCCGCUCCUCCAGUUCAUCAUCAUCAUCCUCAUCUUCAUCUUCAUCAUCAUCCUCCAGUUCAUCAUCAUCAUCGAGAUCGUCAAGUUGCUCCGAUUCUCAACUUUCAAAAAGCGGAAAGUCCGGCAAAACCGAAUAUUCCCGCCGAUCAGGUCCAGUUCGAAGAAAUCCCACGAUGAGACCAAUUUAGCCGCACCAACUCACGAUCCAACCGACGUUUCUCUUUCAACCUUCCCGGAAAUUUCAAUCACUGAAGCGGAAAAUACAAGCGCAGAAAUGGCUCCAGCAAAGAGCCCCGAAAAAGCACGUAAAAAGGCAGACAAAGAGACAUUGUCAGUAAAGAAAAUUGAAACCAAGAAAAGUAAAAAGUCGCGAAAAUCGCCGACCCAGUUGGAAUUGAAAAUGUCCGAUUUUAUGGACGAGCUCGAGGAGGUCCUUUCUGAAAUGUCGGAGCGCUCCGACGCCGAGUGUCAGCGAGAAGUUUCGAGAAUUCCAGUGCGAAAAAUGCUCUCUACUUUUGAAAGCGAAAUCAACGAGCGACCUCGUCGAUUUCGGCAGCAUCCUGUCAUUGGAGCAAAGGCGAAGCGUUCCUCGACGAGGAGUAAACGCGUUUCUCAAAAGUCGCCGGAAAGUUUUUCGGAAAAAGUGGAGCGUUUCACGACUGAUGGUUCAACCUCGAAAUCUCCUCGUAAAAUGUCCUUUGGCGGUCGGACUCCCGUCGGAAGCAGGAUGAAGUCGUAUUUGGGAACUCAAACGAGCGGCUCUGGAGAGCAGCUUAACUCACGCACAUUUGCCAAGGUCUCCUACGACCAAUACACUUCGGUGUUCAAUUCUGAUCACACGAGCACAGCACCUUCUAUCACUCAAACACCAAGUUUCACAAACACAACCGCACAGACCACCACAACAACCACGAACAGCAGCAACACAAAUAACAAUUCUGCUUAUAGCGCCGUCGAGAUCGACUUUGAUCGCUCCUCCAUCAGUUCCGACACCGAAUUAAAUGAUAAUCGCCCCUCAACGAGACCGUCAACGACGUAUGACAUGGAUGUUUAG